UCCCCGUUCCCUACCACCGGCCUCCAGAGCUGCCGCCAUUGAAACCAUACAAUACAAGCGACGAAAGGGAAGGAGGGAGCGCGACACAAACACUGCGGCAUUGAAGCGGCAGGCGGAGACGGCGCUUAGCCGGAGAGGUGACCGGGGGCGGGGGAAGAGGACUCAGCUAAAGCACCGCAAGUAGAGAACCAGUUGCGGCGUUUGGUGGAAGAGGCCUCUCGUUGCCCGCCCCCUCCCAAUAGCGGCGGAGGCGGCCCGCAGCAGGGGGAGCGCCGCCUCCACCCGCUCUCCUGCACGCAGCUGUGUGGGAUUUUGUGUUAGGGCAAGCACAAAUAAGAAUAAUCUGCUAGAAGACUGAAAAACACAUAACAGCAACAUGUCGGCCAGAGGUGGAAAGAAAAAAAUGACCAAAAUGUCACGCUCCAGCAGAGCAGGUGUUAUUUUUCCAGUGGGAAGAAUGAUGCGAUACUUGAAGAAAGGAACAUACAAGUAUCGGAUAGGAGUGGGAGCUCCUGUCUACAUGGCAGCUGUCAUAGAAUACUUAGCAGCAGAAAUACUGGAAUUGGCUGGCAAUGCAGCAAGGGAUAACAAAAAGGGAAGAAUUGCCCCAAGACACAUUCUUCUGGCAGUUGCUAAUGAUGAGGAGCUGAACCAGUUACUAAAAGGAGUGACCAUUGCAAGUGGAGGUGUUCUGCCUAGAAUUCACCCUGAGCUUCUUGCCAAAAAACGAGGCAUCAAAAGUAAAUCUGAUACUAUCCUUUCACCGUCUCCAGAGAAGAGAGGGAGGAAGUCUUUGGGAGGGAUCAAGAAAAGUGGCAAGAAGGCAAAGGCUUCUAAAGCCCGGACACCCAAAAAGAACAAACAGAAGGACAGUGAAAAAGAUGGGGCAUCAAAUUCAGCAACUGAUGAUGGACCUGGAGAUGGAUUUACCAUACUUUCCUCCAAGAGCCUUGUUCCAGGACAGAAGCUGUCUCUGACGCAGAGUGACAUCAGCCAUAUUGGUUCUAUGAAAGUAGAAGGCAUUGUGCACCCAACUACUGGUGAAAUAGAUCUCAAGGAGGAAGUUGGUAAAGCACUGGAAAAGGCUGGAGGUAAGGAGUUCUUAGAAACAGUGAAGGAACUGCGCAAGUCACAGGGACCUCUGGAAGUCACAGAAGCUGCUCUCAGCCAGUCCACGGGACUAGCAGCAAAGUUUGUCAUUCACUGUCAUAUCCCACAGUGGGGUUCAGAUAAAUGUGAAGAACAAUUGGAGGAGUCUAUAAAGAACUGUUUAACUGCAGCUGAAGACAAAAAGCUGAAGUCUGUGGCAUUCCCGCCUCUCCCCAGUGGCAGAAAUUGCUUUCCAAAACAGACUGCUGCCCAGGUGACUCUCAAAGCCAUUUCUUCCCAUUUUGAUGACUCCAGCCCUUCGUCCUUGAAGAACAUUUAUUUCCUGCUUUUUGACAGCGAGAGCAUUGGCAUCUAUGUGCAAGAGAUGGCAAAACUAGAUGCCAAGUAGCAACGGAAGCCAAAUGAAAUUUUAUUUUUCAACAUAAAUUUGAGUAGGAUUGAGAAUUAGAAGUGGGUUUUAUUUUUAAAAUAUUGUGAGGAAGGAGUAUGUGAGUAGCUUCGAAGUUCUGUGAUGGGUGGAGGGCUUUUGUUAUGGGAAAAAGAGGGGAAAUGUUUGAACUGCAAUUUUACCAUGCUUUAGACAACCUAACAUUUUGUUUCAUCCCUAAGAGAUUAAGUUGCCAGCUCUCUCUACUGUUUAAUAUGUCUCAAGUUAUUUUAGUUUAGAUCUUUAAAAACGGAUUUCAUUUUAGAGUAGCAAACAAUUCAAUGCAUACAAAUAUUGAAAAAAGUGAAUUGUUUGCUCCCCUUUCUUUUCCCAGUGGUAGGUAGAAAUCAUUAUGUUGUGUCUACAUUCCAUGUUGGAGAACGUAAUUUCAGAUAGUUCACUUGGUGCUUUACUGUUUUACCCCAGAAUGAUCUGUAAUUGCUGAGAAUACUUCAUCUUAUUUGUUUUUAUUAAAAAACACAGCAUUGUGCUUUUUUAAAAA